CUCGCUCCCCCACUUCACCCCCCACAUGUCGUCUCUCGCUCUCACGCCUAUAAAACCACCUCGAGUCCCACCACCUCAUCACCAUCCUUAACCGAGAAGCAUAGCUCGCUUCCACGCAAGAUUAAAAGCUGCCCCUCUUGCUGCUGCAGACUGCAGUCCUGCAAGAUCAGCGCCUGAAGCAAGAAGCGAAGAAUCAAACGAGAGCCUAGCAGCGUAGCAGAUCGAUCGAUCGAUCGAUAUUAUGGAGGCGCGAGGAAGCAGAGGAAUGCGGCUGUGGCUCCUGUCCGUGGCGGUGAUGGCCAUGGCGAUGGCGACGAGGUCGCAGGCGCAGCUGCAGGUCGGGUACUACGACACGCUGUGCCCGGCGGCGGAGAUCAUCGUGCAGGAGGAGGUCAGCAAGGCGGUGUCCGGGAACCCCGGCAUGGCCGCCGGCCUCGUCCGUCUCCACUUCCACGACUGCUUCGUCAGGGGGUGCGACGCGUCGGUGCUGCUGGACUCGACGCAGGGGAACAGGGCGGAGAAGGACGCGCCCCCGAACACGAGCCUCCGCGGCUUCGAGGUCAUCGACAGCGCCAAGUCCCGCCUCGAGACGGCCUGCUUCGGCGUCGUCUCCUGCGCCGACGUCCUCGCCUUCGCCGCCCGGGACGCCCUCGCGCUGGUGGGAGGGAACGCGUACCAGGUGCCGGGGGGGAGGAGAGACGGCAACGUGUCGGUGGCGCAGGAGACGAACGGGAACCUGCCGCCGCCGUCGGCGAACGUGGCGCAGCUGAACCAGAUGUUCGGCGCCAAGGGGCUCACCCAGGCGGAAAUGGUGGCACUGUCGGGCGCGCACACCAUCGGCGUGUCGCACUGCAGCUCCUUCAGCAACCGCCUCUACUCGUCGGGCCCCAACGCCGGGCAGGACCCCAGCAUGGACCCCAGCUACGUCGCCGCGCUGACGACGCAGUGCCCGCAGCAGCAGGGGCAGCCCGCGGCGGGGAUGGUGCCCAUGGACGCCGUCACGCCCAACGCCUUUGACACCAACUACUACGCCGCCAUUGUCGCUAACCGGGGAUUGCUCAGCUCCGACCAGGCGCUCCUCGCCGACCAGACCACCGCCGCGCAGGUCGUCGGCUACACCAACAACCCGGACUCGUUCCAGACCGACUUCGCCGCCGCCAUGGUCAAGAUGGGCUCCAUCGGCGUGCUCACCGGCAACGCCGGCACCAUCAGGACAAACUGCAGGGUGGCCAGCUGAUCGAUCGACCUAAGCAUGAUGUAUAGCUCGUGGCAGGCUUGUGUGAGUUGGGAUUGUGAUGAGAUUAAAUUGAAAAUUGUACGUACGACGACGUAGCUAGCUAGAUAGAGUGUUGUAAACUUAUUUGUUUGAUCAUUCAUUUGGUCUCUCUGUAUUACGUGCUAGCUAGCUCAAUUAGCUUGCUCGUGCGUCCCUUCUCCCCUCUUCCCGUAGAUUAUUUUACUCUGCACUCUGUACUUCUCUGUGACAUUAUAGUGACAAUAUAGUUUUAUUGUUCCAUCUUUUAA